GUCAUCUUGGUAUACAAGAACGGUAUCAUGAAUCGCGAUUAGUAUGGAGAGCUGAGGCAGCUGAUGGAUGCUGAAGGAUUACUACUCCACUAUACCCAGGUAGUUUAUACCUGUUGGUUAUGGGGGCUUGGCGCUUAUAGCACCACUAACACCUAACGCCUUAUUUUGUACCUGGGUACCUAUUUAAUUCUAUAACAUUUUUAAAGACAGACAUCAACCAACAUACCAACUCAGUAUUUCAUAAUCUUGAUAGUCGGGCCGCCGUCCAUCAUUGCCCAUCUAUCGUGAUGUGGUACAUUAUAGCGAUUAUCCAUCUCUUAGCAGUAUAAUUUGAAUGGUCUUUGAGUAACUAUCGACUAUGUACGCAUUCUUGGGCUCGACUACCGCUACUUCAUCUGGUCCAAGGUCUGAUGAAACCGUACCAAACUCCACGUCUCCGGAUCGUCUACCACCCCCACGGCUCCGACAAAAACGGAGUCAAGUAGCGCGAGCUUGUGAUUGGUGUCGUGUGCACAGAAUCAGGUGUGACAACAAUCAUCCAUGCCUCAAUUGCUAUAAUAGAGGAGGCCAAUGUAGCAAUGAUAGGACAGGUCAAAUUCGCACCUUGCCGCACGCCUUUCGUGAGAUAGAGCGGCUCAAGCAGCGUAAUGAGGAGCUCCAAAAAGAGAUCGAAGAGGAACGUUGUCGUAAUAGGAAUCAGGUCGCAUCCGCACCCCCGGCUAACGCACCUAACUCUCAGCUACCAACGCCACCAAGCAUCCCGUGGGCUUCGUCAGCUAGUACCAUCGCAAUUCCUUCGGGACCCUCUCUAGAUAAUGGGGGGCCUUCUAUGAAGUAUUGGGAAGGCAUUUAUACCAGCACAGCUAGAUCACCCGCGAAGACUUGGUACGGUCCGUCGUCUUUGCUCUUUUUUAUCAGCCGUUUGAAUACAUGUUUGGCUUCGAAGUUACAACAGCAUCUUCCCGACAAUUACAUGCAACCUAAUUCAGCUAGUAGGUUACUUGACGGACCUACCAGCCCUUCCGAUCACGAAACACCGACAGGCGGUCGGGAUCGGGGGCCAUUGGAUGACCCUAGCAAGACCAAAGAGUACUUGAGUCCUACUCAAGAGGAAUAUUUCUUGGACUUCUAUUGGCAAUCCUUCCACACUUCACUCAUUGUCUUCUACGAAGAUGAUUUUAAGCAACAUUAUAAAUCUCUAUGGGCUGGUUCAAGAAAAACCCGCAAGCCAUCGGCCCUCGUCGAUAUCGUACUCGCAUUAUGCAUGCAGUAUGGUGUAGCACGGGCGCGGGCUAGUAAUAAUUCGGCUCUUCGAAGCGCUGACAUCGACACCGAUGAUGCAACCCUCGCAGGUCGCUGGCAUUUUUGUCGGUGCCAGUCUCUUCUAGCAAGCGAAUCGGAAAGCCCUACUAUCCAAACAAUUCAAUGCAACAUUCUAGCCGUGGUUUGGCUAUGUAUUGCAUCCUUCCAGAACAUGGCCGAUAGCACCUUAGCCAUCACAAUAAGAUUGGCCCAAACACUAGGCCUUCAUCUGCCACCACCACCGGAUAUGCCACAACGCGAGAAAGAAUUACGAAGAUGGAUAUGGUGGUCUAUUUAUGUCUGCGAGAGUAAAACCAGCAUGAAGCUUGGCCGACUAUUCUUGAUUCCGCAGGUCACAUAUGCAGCCCGUGGGCUACCCGACGAUAGCCUUGAGGGUACGGCUAUGUCGGGUUCGGACUUUGCGCCCUUGGACGAUAAUACUACCUGGCUCAGCUUUGGUUUUCACGAUGCGAAGCUCGUUUUUGCUGCUCGCAAUAUUUAUACCGCCUUUUAUGAAAAAUAUCCGGGCCUGUUCGAUAACGACGAUAAACCCGCACUUGCGACGUUGGAAACACAUGCCGACAUCUUUAAUACACACAUGAAGGCGCUGGAUGGCUGGGUGGCUGAAGUGCCCACUGCGCUGAAAAUACAGCGCCAAAACCACGGUACCCCUCUGUCAACAGACUGCUCGUCGCUGGAUAUCGAGCAAUUCGCCCCGCCUUGGCUGCAGCGCCAACGUCUACUUUUGGAGUUACUAUAUCACAAUCUCUGUACGAAUUUGUAUCGACCGUUUAUCUGGCUAAAACCAAUCUCAUUACCGCCACCGCCACCAUCGUCAUCCUCGCCAGAAUCACUCGUAGAUUCAUGUGCACACAAUUGCGCUAAGCAUGCUAUGGCAUUGACGCAUAUUAUGAGGCAGGUAUUAUCAACCACCGAUUUAUUGACCGGUUGGCACGAAUCAUUCCAAUGGCAAUGGAACUGCGCCAUUACGUUGGUGGGCUUUAUACUCGAGUAUCCACAGAGUGAGCUCACACAAGUUGCACGGGACGCUAUCAACUUUUCAAUUGAUGUCUUUUGUCUAUUCGGGAAGAGCUUUGCUGUGGCUACGAGCGCGGCUAAUGUAGUACGGAAACUUGGCUCAAUGGUGGAUCAUAUUAUCGCAACAGAACAGGCGGGAGGCGCUGUAUUGCAGCAACAUAUUAAUGAAGGCCAUCAGCCUCUCAUGCCCCACGGUGAUGAGUCUACGAUGGCAAUGAUGCCCCAGGGCGAGCAACAGGUACCGGGAAUACCCGAUUUUGACGACGAGACUGUCGCCGCGAUGCAGGAGAUUCUCGCCGGUUCGAUGGACUUGGCUUUCACGAUUGACGGUUAUCACCAUACGAAUAUUCUAUGGCCAGGUGCAGGCCCUACGGAGUAAAUGCUGGGAAGUAAGUAGACCUGAGACACUCAUGUUCUUACUAAUUCCACAUAACUCAUCUUCAUCUCAAAUGCGAGCUUCCAUAGCAUCCAACUAAAAGUGGUAUAGAAAUAGAUAUAGAACUAUUCAACAUGGUAUAAGCUGAAGCUACCUUAUCGCCGUCUACUUUUC